CCCCUUUGAGUACCACAGGGAGAGAGGCAAGAUGCUCUGCCUCCCUCAUUCCUCUCUUUCAGGAAGAGCUCACACUUGGCUAAGCACACACACUGAGGCUCUUCAUGAGAGAACGGCAGCGGAGCCUUGUGUUCUGUUUGGAGUUUUUUGUUGUCUGGAUGCCGUUGUUGAUUUUAGGUCUGGGUUGUUUGAUGUCAGCCGAAGUUAAGGGGUAUUUAAAAGAGGCUAAGUGAGACGAGAAGACAGAGAUGAGGGGCCUCAGGUUGAGAGACAAAGGACACAGUACCUGUUAUCUGGGAGAGGAGUAGAAGUCUGUGAACAGGUGAGAGAGGGACACUGUCUGCCCCACUGUCCAGCGACACAAUGAGCUGGAGCUUCCUCACGCGGCUGCUGGAGGAGAUCCACAACCACUCCACCUUCGUGGGGAAGCUGUGGCUCACCGUGCUCAUCGUCUUCCGCAUUGUUCUCACUGCUGUUGGGGGAGAGUCCAUCUACUAUGACGAACAGAGCAAGUUUGUUUGCAACUCGGGCCAGCCGGGCUGCGAGAAUGUCUGCUAUGACGCCUUCGCCCCUCUAUCUCAUGUCCGCUUCUGGGUCUUUCAGAUUAUCUUGGUGGCGAUGCCUUCUCUCAUGUACAUGGGCUAUGCUGUCAACAAAAUUGCACGGUUAGAUGAAGCCAAAGGAGGAGGUAGUUCUGCUGCAGUUAGAACAGGAGGAGGGAGCUACACGCACAGGAAGCCCAGGAAAAUCUGCUUUGGAGCACGGCAGCACCGGGGCAUCGAGGAGACCGAGGAGGACCAAGAGGAUGAUCCCAUGAUCUAUGAGGUGCCAGAGAUUGAGCCCCCCAAAAGGCCACGGGAUCCACUGCAGCCCGCACCCAAACCCAAAAUCCGGCAUGAUGGGCGCAAACGUAUAAGAGAUGAGGGGCUGAUGCGGGUCUAUGUUUUGCAACUGGUGACUCGUACACUGCUAGAAGCAGGCUUCCUUGCAGGCCAGUAUUUGCUGUAUGGGUUCCGUGUGACGCCUGUGUUCGUGUGCUCGGGAAAACCAUGUCCCCACAGCGUUGACUGCUUUGUGUCGCGGCCCACAGAGAAGACCAUCUUCCUGCGCAUCAUGUAUGGUGUCACUGUCCUUUGCCUCACGCUUAACGUUUGGGAGAUGCUCCAUUUGGGGAUUGGUACCAUCUGUGACAUUCUUCGCCGUCGGCGCUGCCCACCUCAGGAGGAUGAGUACCAGUUGGGAUUACUGGGCACCAAUGGAGGUGUGGAGGGCUCAGUAGGGGGGACAGGGCCAGAGGCAGGCUCAGAUGGAGGGGUGGGUGGAGAUGGGGCUGCAGAUUAUGUGGGUUACCCCUUCUCAUGGAACACCCCAUCAGCUCCACCUGGCUACAACAUUGUGGUAAAGCCAGAGCAGAUGCCCUACACGGACCUUAGCAACGCUAAGAUGGCAUGCAAGCAGAACCGGGCAAACAUUGCCCAAGAGGAGCAGCAGCAAUUUGGUAGCAAUGAGGAUAACUUUCCCACUGGAGGGGAGGCCCGCGUAGCUUUGAACAAAGACAUGAUUCAGCAAGCUCAUGAGCAACUGGAGGCAGCCAUCCAGGCUUACAGUCAGCAGCACCGGGCAGAGGGGCAGCUUGGGGACAACCAGGACGACAAGCCCCAAAGUAACAUCAUCCAGGCCCAACCUCAACCACAGCCUCAGCCUCAGAAAGAGCGCAAGCAUAGAUUCAAGCAUGGGAAAGGAGGCAGCAGUGGAGGAGGCAGCAGCAGCAACAGCAGCAGCAGCAAAUCAGGAGAGGGCAAGCCCUCUGUAUGGAUUUAACCCCAGAAACAGUAGCAUGUAUUGAAACAAUGUACAGUAUAUAUUAGAGACUGGAUGACGAGUUGUUGCAAUUUUCGGUGGAUAUUUAAACACCACUGUGCCUUAAAGAAUCCUGCAAGCUGGAGAAGAUGUGUGUUUGUGUACUAAGGUGUGUCAACAAAUGUGAUGUUGCAGCUGACAAUUUGUUUUGUCUGGGCUAUCAUUGUUUAACUUGAAACAUCACACCAACACAAACUGUAGGCCACAGUCUGUCGUUAACAUGUCUCGUUCUCCUCAAGCCCUGAAGCAGAUUAUUGACCUCUGUUGUCUUCCCGUUCAUCCUUUCUAAGGGAUUUGAACUUGAUAAUGAGUUCUGUUGCAAAUCAGAUUGAUCCCAGAUUUGGCUUAGCUCAUUUUCUGGUCGCUCCUCUGCAAAGACAACGUCUCCGUUAAUACAUUGGCAUCCUAAUUCUUUGGACAUCAAAAUGUAUUUAUGUAUCAUCAUAAUACAAAGGCAAAAGGGAUGCCAUGUCAUCACUAUGUUCUGGCAAGCCAAAACUAUGAAUCCAUACUGUAAUGACGUUAUCAAGGAACUUCAUCACACUAAAAAUGCAAUAAAAUGAAACUAUAAUUGAAUGGCAAUGCCUAAAAAGCAGUGACUUUAUAAUGCAGUGAGAACAUCACCUUCCUGAAGGCUGUGUCCUGUCAGUCAUGUUCUGUGUGUGUUCUGCUUUCUCUCCAGUGUCAAUCACAGUGUUAUGUUGCUGUGACUUUGCUUUUGACAGUGUGGUUGUAUAUGUUUCCUGUGGGUUUUUUGAUAGCUGUGCUACACCAGCUGCUGCUCAAAAACCGAUAAGUACAGCAGGUGGCUUUUUUUAACCAGUCUACAUCUGAAAUUUCCUGAGAAAAAAAGUUAUUUUCAACAAGGUGCAUAAACCAUCCAGUUUGUAUACCUUAUUCCUCAACAUCUCAGUUUCUCUCUCUGGCUCUUCAUGGCUAUUUAACAAGGCUGCUCAGCACUCCACUGCUGUCUCAUCUGCCUUGUAGUUGACUGCCCCCUGGUGGUAUCUUCUACAGGGCUUCCUUUAUUGGGGAGUAGAUACCAGUUGCCAAUGCUACCUGCAUCCAGCAACACCUUAACCAGCUGUAGUGUUCCUUUCCUAGUGACAAGCCUUGUGUCAGUUAAGUCUUCUCAGCACUACAAGUUCAGUGUUACAUGCACAAGGCUGCAAUAUCACCACGUUGUAAUGGAAAAGGUUUAAAGCCAUUACUAAAUAGUGAGACCAAACACUGUUUGUGUGAUGCAAGUGUUAGUGCCAAGAUUUUAUGCUAGGCUGCCAUGAAGCCUGGUUGUUUGUAGCUUUGGAAUACUGUGGCCAUGCUACUCCAAUUGUGGAAUAAUGCCUAUGUAAGACCAACCCUUUUCUAAAAGUCAAUUGUUUUUUGUAUUACAGUAUGUGUAUUGCUUUUCAGAAUGGGAUUUAAAGAGCAAACUCCAAAAUGGAGUUGAUUUUUAUGUUCGAACCGGUGUUUUAUAUGAAAACACUCUUUUUUUUAAUGUGUUUUGUAAAAUAAAGAAAAAGAAAGCAAGUUCUUUUAACAAUUAAUUAGUUGUAUAGGUAUUUAUGGUUAUUGUGUUUUAAAUUGCCUUCCAUUGUAAAAAAAAAAAAAGUGAAAUAUUACAUAGUAUAUUUUUAUAAUAUGUUGGCUACAGUGACUUAUUGAUGUAAAGAAAAAAGCCAGACUUUUCCCUGUAUGUUACAGUAUCAGUAUUUAAUGUAUGUAGCAACCCUCUGGGCUGUGUUUUAAUAACAGUGUUACUCCUUUUCCAACAUUGUUCUGAGAUAAACAGCUAAACAGCUGUGUGCAGAGACAAGGAAAUGAAGUGCCAAAUUAUUCAAACCAUUCCAAGCUUUGCCCACAGUGGCUUUCCAAACAAGCAGCAGUUCAUUUUAUGUCAAAACUGGAAGGGGGAGCAAAUCUGAAAAGCCGACACAUUAUGUUCUUGAUUUAAUGAACCUAUAAAUCUUGUCUAAAGGAUCUGAGUCUUUCCCAGGAAAUAGUGAACUAACUGAACAAACCAUUACUCGUGAGUUGUGGCUGGACAUUGUGACGUGGUUUCCUUCACAUAAAGUUACAGCAGGGUGCUCACGUAGAAAGAGUCCUUCUUAUUGGCUGGUUCACCACUUAGCUCCACAUGUCUGUUCAACAAGCUGGCCAGCAGCAGACAGUCAUAAAUCACCAGAAGUUCUUGAGUCAGCUGCUUCUCAGAGCAUUGAUUUAUACUGGCUCCACUGGUGCAGCUCUAUCCCAAUAAGCCAGAGGUGAUUUACUGACUUCCAGUCAGUGUCAGUCUCCUCCCCUGGAGGCCACUCAGCACUCAUUAAAUUCUUCCCAAGUGAGAAAUGUUUCUCAACUAAAGUAUUUACUGUGUUUUGUUCAAUAAAAGGAAACAAACAACGUAGACAUGGAUAACAUGCAGCUGGUGAUGCUUUGCAGUUGGCUGAAGCCACUAGAGGGAGACUUCUGUCAAAAGAAGGAGCACUUCAGAGAGUGAGGAAGGGCGUUUUGAGGAGGUGCCAUGAGCAUACUGAAAGUCCCCAUCUGCUCAGACUGCAUGACUGGCAGCUUGGCCUUACAAAUCCAACACUAUUUGAGGUUAUGUGGCUCAGACUUGUCUGUUUCUAGGGGAAAGAAAGGAAUUCAAGCAGCUAUCCAGCUCAAAAGAGACCCUGUGGCACAGUUAUGUAUUUGUGUCGCCCUGUUCUCUUUUGUGAAGUGAGUGACAGAGAAAAAAAGACAAUAAGUUAAGAAAGAAAAAAGUGUGCUCACUGGACAGAAAUGGCUUUUACAACUACUUGUAUUAGGGUUUAUUUUCCUCUGCAUAUUGUUGCUGUCCUUUGAAAAACAUGAAAAUGUCACUUGGGCUUUAAAAAAACCCUUAAAGCAAAAACAGGACAAACCAAGGGUAAAGGAGCCCUGUCUGAUUUGUCUUACAAGUGUAUCAAUGUGUGUUUUAACCUUUGUGACAAUGCAUUUGCGAGAUAAUAAAUAAGGGUGUUGGCCUGUUAGGAAGGACAUUUUUCUCAACCCAUAAUGAGCAUCUUAUCCUUCAGGUUCAGCACUAUGUAAAUGUUGGUUUCUUUCAUGAAUGUUCUUUUUUUAUGUAAGUACAUUGAUUCUUUAAGGAUUUUCAGCUUAAACUUAAUCGUUACCAAAGUACUGACAGUAUGCAGUAUGCAUUACCUAAAUUUGAGAUAUGGUUUACUUGACAUCAACAAUAUACAUUUGAGCUCCCUUUAAAACACUUUGUAACUGACAGCCAAUUUAUUAUCCCUCAUGGCAGCUAAAGGAAUUAUAAGCGAAAGCACGUCACACAAUGGUUGUAUCAAAGUCUUUUGUGGGUUAAUAUAUCAGGGAUACCACAAUGUCCACCCUCAGCAUCUGUUUGUCUAUGUAAAACAAUGUCAGUGUUCAGGAGAAAGACUGUGGUGUUUCCCUUUAUGUUUCUUAUAGUCACCCAUGUGGGAUGUGACAAUUAAACCAGUGGUAAUACCAGUACAAACUCUGAUUCAUACAUGCAUUUGUGCAUUUCUGUGUUUUUCUAUGCCUUUUGUAAAAUGUAAAUUUCUUUGAGUGCCAUUCUUGCAUCCCCUUGCAAAGAUUUGUUUUCAUAUUCAUUGAUGAAUAGUACAUUUGCAUGUGAAAAGACCUAUUUUCCUAAAAAAAUAAAUCAGAAAUGCAUAUUGAAUAAAGUGUCAGCAUCUUUUGUCUCAGCUCAACAGCCGAGAGAAAACCCUGUUAGGAAAUAAAAAGCUUCCCACUCUUGAAA